UAUAUUUGCAGAUGGCAGCAAAAGCACCAGCAGUCGGCAUUGAUCUCGGCACGACCUACAGCUGUGUCGGCGUGUUCCAGCACGGCAAGGUAGAAAUCAUUGCGAACGACCAGGGCAACCGUACCACGCCAUCGUAUGUGGCCUUCACUGACACGGAGCGGCUGAUUGGCGAUGCUGCCAAGAACCAGGUGGCCAUGAACCCGACAAACACCAUUUUCGACGCGAAGCGUCUGAUCGGCCGUAAGUUCGACGAUCCCGCGAUCCAGGCCGACAUGAAGCACUGGCCGUUCGAGGUGGAAUCGAUCGAGGGCAAGCCAAAGAUUGCGGUCGAGUACAAGGGCGAGAAGAAAUCGUUCUUCCCGGAGGAGGUCAGCUCGAUGGUGCUGACCAAGAUGAAGGAGACGGCCGAAGCUUACCUGGGCAAGACGGUGACGAACGCGGUCAUUACUGUGCCCGCCUACUUCAACGAUUCGCAGCGCCAGGCAACGAAGGAUGCCGGAACGAUUUCCGGACUGAACGUGCUGCGCAUUAUCAACGAGCCGACGGCGGCCGCCAUCGCGUACGGUCUGGACAAGAAGACGGCCGGUGAGCGCAACGUGCUGAUCUUCGAUCUGGGCGGCGGUACCUUCGAUGUGUCGAUCCUGUCGAUCGACGAUGGUAUCUUCGAGGUCAAGUCGACCGCCGGAGACACCCAUCUCGGUGGUGAGGACUUCGACAACCGGCUGGUGAAUCACUUCGCGCAGGAAUUCAAGCGCAAACACAAGAAGGAUCUGUCCACGAACAAGCGGGCGUUGCGUCGUCUGCGAACGGCUUGCGAGCGGGCAAAGCGUACGCUGUCCUCGUCGACGCAGGCCAGCAUUGAGAUCGAUUCGCUGUUCGAGGGAACCGAUUUCUACACCUCGAUCACGCGCGCUCGUUUCGAGGAGCUGAACGCGGAUCUGUUCCGUUCAACGAUGGAACCGGUGGAGAAGGCGCUGCGUGACGCCAAGAUGGACAAGGCCAGCAUUCACGAUAUUGUGCUGGUGGGUGGAUCGACCCGUAUCCCCAAGGUGCAGAAGCUGCUGCAGGACUUCUUCAAUGGUAAGGAGUUGAACAAGUCGAUCAAUCCGGAUGAAGCCGUCGCGUACGGUGCCGCAGUUCAGGCCGCCAUUUUGCACGGUGACAAGUCGGAGGAGGUGCAGGAUCUGCUGCUGCUCGAUGUGACGCCACUGUCGCUCGGUAUCGAGACGGCCGGUGGUGUGAUGUCGGUGCUGAUCAAGCGUAACACCACGAUCCCGACGAAGCAGACCCAAACGUUCACGACCUACUCGGACAACCAGCCCGGUGUGCUGAUCCAGGUGUUCGAGGGCGAGCGUGCCAUGACGAAGGAUAACAAUCUGCUGGGCAAGUUCGAGCUGAGCGGUAUCCCGCCGGCACCGCGCGGAGUGCCCCAGAUCGAAGUGACGUUCGAUAUCGAUGCGAACGGUAUCCUGAACGUGACGGCACUCGAGAAGUCCACCAACAAGGAGAACAAGAUCACCAUCACCAACGACAAGGGUCGUCUGAGCAAGGAGGACAUCGAGCGGAUGGUGAACGAGGCCGAGAAGUACCGCACGGAGGAUGAGAAGCAGAAGGAAACGAUCUCGGCGAAGAACGCGCUCGAGUCGUACUGCUUCAACAUGAAGGCCACGAUGGAGGACGAUAAGCUGAAGGACAAGAUCUCGGACAGCGACAAGACGCUGGUGCUGGACAAGUGCAACGACACGAUCAAGUGGCUCGAUGCUAACCAGCUGGCCGAUAAGGAGGAGUACGAGCAUCGUCAGAAGGAGCUGGAGUCGGUGUGCAACCCGAUCAUCAGCAAGCUGUACCAGGGUGCCGGUGGUGCUCCGGGAGGCAUGCCAGGAUUCCCUGGUGGUGCACCGGGUGCGGGAGCUGCUGGUGGUGCUGCAGGUGGUGCCGGAUCCGGUUCCGGACCGACCAUCGAGGAGGUUGACUAAGUCAUUCCUCGC